AUGAUUGAUAGCAUGUUGUUGGAAGUGAUGAAGUUUUUACAUAUAUGUUGUGAUUCUUAUGAAGCUUCUAUACAAACAAACCACAAGUCCUUGAUCCAAUCAAAUCAAGACAAUGCAGUGUUGGUUAAACAUCCUCAUUAUAAUCGGAUAAAGUUCAUCUUGAAAGUCGUAUAUAAAAUAAAACUUGACGAGCUUAAAACUCUCGAAACUCAGCAGAAUUAUUUUGAAAGUUUUCUUACGAUCGACGACGAUCUUUCAGCAGCCAGUAAAACUCAGCUUAAUUGUUAA